AGCAGCAGGAAAGAUGGCGGCGGAGGAGGAGACGAGGCUGAAGCAGCGGAACCACAAGAACAGCAUCUUCUCCGAGGAUGGCCACAGGUUCACAGCAGACACGUCCCAGAUGAGGCCUGAGGAGGAAGACGACCUGCCGCAGGCGGGCAGAGCGCGGCCCAUUCAGAUCGUGGUCGCUAACGAGGAGGAGCACUCGUUCACGCUGCAGGAGGAGGUGCUGGAGCGGCUGCUGCUUCAGGAGGAGGUGCAGGACCUCCACGUGGUCGUCGUCUGUGUGGCUGGAGCAUUCCGCAAGGGCAAGUCCUUCCUGCUGGACUUCAUGCUGCGAUACAUGUACAAGCAGUCCAGCUCCUGGGUGGGCAGCGAGGACGAGCCUCUGACGGGCUUCACCUGGCGUGGCGGCUGUGAGAGAGAGACCACCGGCAUCCUGGCCUGGAGCGAGGUGUUUGUGGUGGAGAAACCAGACGGCUGCAAGGUUGCAGUUCUACUAAUCGACACACAGGGGGCAUUUGACAGCCAAUCAACUAUUAAAGACUGUGCCACUCUGUUCGCUCUGAGCACCAUGACCAGCUCCGUCCAGGUUUACAACUUGUCCCAGAACGUCCAGGAAGACGACCUGCAGCACCUUCAGCUCUUCACGGAGUACGGGAGACUCGCGAUGGAGGAAGUCUACGAGAAACCUUUCCAGACUCUGAUGUUCCUGAUCCGAGACUGGAGUUACCCGUACGAGCAUCCGUAUGGUUUGGACGGAGGAAUGAGUUUCCUGGAGAAACGGCUGCAGGUGAAGCAGAACCAGCACGAGGAGCUGCAGAACGUCAGGAAACACAUCCACUCCUGCUUCUCAAACAUCGGCUGCUUCCUGCUGCCUCACCCCGGCCUCAAGGUCGCCACCAACCCUCAGUUCGACGGCCGGCUCAGAGAUAUCGAUGAGGAGUUUAAGAAGGAGCUGAUCAACCUGGUCCCGACGCUGCUGUCGCCAGAGAACCUGGUGGAGAAGGAGAUCGGAGGAGUGAAGAUCACCUGCAGAGACCUGCUGCACUACUUCAAGGCUUACAUGAAGAUCUACCAGGGGGAGGAGCUUCCUCACCCAAAGUCAAUGCUGCAGGCAACAGCUGAGGCCAAUAACCUUGCAGCUGUAGCAGGAGCCAAAGACAUGUACAACAAGAGCAUGGAGCAGGUGUGUGGUGGAGAUAAACCCUACAUGUCCCCGACGGAGCUGGAGCGCCGUCACGUGGAGCUGCGGCAGGCGUCGGUGCGACACUUCCGCUCCGUUAAGAAGAUGGGCGGUGAGGAGUUCUGCCGGCGCUACCAGGAGCAGCUGGAGGCGGAGCUCGACGAAGCUUGCGCCAACUUCAACAAGCACAACGACGGCAAGAACAUCUUCUUUGCUGCACGGACACCGGCCACGCUGUUCGCUGUCAUGUUCAUCAUGUACGUGGUGUCGAUGGUCACGGGGUUUGUGGGCAUCAACUCGGUGGCCACUGUGUGCAACCUGCUGAUGGGCGUGGCUCUGGCGGCGCUCUGCCUCUGGGCCUACGUCAAAUACUCAGGAGAGUUCCGUGAGGUGGGAGGAGUCAUCGACCAGGUUGCUGAAACCCUCUGGGAACAGAGGACUCCACGGAAGGUUUUCUACAAACUCUUCGAGGUGGCUCGGAGUCGAGUCCCGUUGGGAAGCCUGAUCCCGGUGCCCCGCCCCCGACUCGCCUCAAACAACAACGUCAAGAAGAAAAACUAGCAGCUCGCGUCUUCGGUCAUGUUUUAUUCACCCCCCCCCCACCCCCACCCCUCUCUCGCUCUCUCUCUCUCUCUCUCUUCCGCUGUACAGUUUGGAAACGGCGUGCUUAGGACGUCUGAGGCGUGUGAAUCAGUUUUUGUUCCCAGUGUAGAUGAGGGUUCCUCGCCGCGCCGGCUGUAGGUGUCGGGAUCGCUGUAGACCCAGAUGUAUUUAGUGGGCGGGGUUAAGGUGUUAUUGUGGGAGGGGCCAUUAUUCUGUCACCGCGUCAUCGCAGGUGUGUUCACCUGUCGACUUUUACAAUUCCCGUUUAUGUGAAUGUACGAAUGAAGAGCACGACCACCGUCCCUCCUCCUGUCGUCUGGCGCCGGGCGGCGUCGGGAGGAGGAGUCACAACCAAAGUUUACAGCUUUACUCAGUUCAACAGGCGACAAACAGACGAAUGGUUUCCAGGGCAACGAGGACGGUUCGGUUUCAGGAAACGUUUUUCUUUCUCACCCAAAAUCAGAAACUGAGUCUGUGAAGGUUUGAUUAGAGUUUAAUAAAGUUAAACUCUAAUCAAACCUUCACAGACUAGAGACACUUUACUCUCAACUGCAUGUGGGGAAAAAAAUGUAUUCAUUCAAAUAUUCAUUAUCUCAGUCUUCUUCAGUGAAGAUGAACUCGUUCAUGCAGUGGUCCCUUUUCAGCCCUGCAGUUUUAUAUUAAUACUAAAAUGGAAAAUAUAUAAUCAGGUACAGUUUAGUUGGAUCAUUAGUGUUACAUGAGCAUUGAGCAUUUUGAAUUUGAUCAAAUAUUCUUAAAACUAAGUACUUAAUAUAAAUUAGGAAGUGACUUCACAUAAAAAGCAGAUUUUAACUAAAGUAUUUGUUUUAACGGUCUGAAGCUACUCUAAAGGUUUUUAUAUUUAAAGUUUCUGAUUCUGGGAAAGAUCUGAAGAGAAGAUUUCCCCUAAAACCAGACUCGUCUCCAUCAGCGUCCGUGUGAUUGGACGGACGCUGAUGGAGCGGCGUGCUGGCGAGACGCCGUUACCUUUAGACCAGUUUGUCGUGAGAUCGCGACUUGAUGAUUUUCUUUUUAACUUUGAUUUCUGGAAUUUACCUCCAUGUUUUUGUGUUUACCUGAGAGAUUUCACAGCACUUAGUUUGCGAGACGUUGUGACGGACGUGGAGCUCGUGUGCGUGGCGUUGGAGGCGGAGUCGACUGAGACGAGGGACAAAAGGUUAAAACCUUCCCCGCUGCUCCGCCUCUGAGCACCAGACUGACAACGAUCCUCGGAUCUCAAGAAGACACUGCGAUAAGUUUGCAUAUUUAUGAAAAUGUUGAACAAUUUCUUCUUUCCUGUGAGAUCAUUUUGGCUUUUAAACAUUUCCUUUAAACUGGUUGUUGGUCUUAAAAGUUCUGACUUCUGGGGUUUCAGAGUAAAAUCCUUUUUAGUUUCUUCCUCCGGUUCAUCUGUAGAUAAUAUUAAAUUAUUGAACUUGAGUGUUGUUCCCUCUCUCGUCAUUCCUCCUCCUCCUCCUCUUCCUCCUGCUCCUCUUCCUCAUGAACCACCACCUCUGUUUUUAAAGCACCAGGAAGUUGUUUUAGUACAAACACUAAAUAUCCAGUUGAUGCUCGUUCUCACUGUUUCACAUUUCAUCGCCACAAUCCGUUAAUCGAUGACUGAAAGGUUCAAUCCCGACUUUGACCUCAGCUCAUGGGGUCGGAGGUCGUCCCCUUGUUUUGCUGAAUCAUCAUCAUUCCAUCCACAUCACCACCGUGUGCUUUUUGUUUUUGUACAGUUUAGUUUUUUACAGCCUCAUCCGCGCACAGGGCAUGUGUAUGAAAUCUAUACAUAUAUAAAUAUAAAUUUUCUAGACCUUUUUGUAGCUGGAAGAACGACGGUCAGGUGGUAGAACCAGAUUCAGCUCCCUGGAUGUAAAGGAAUGCUUUCGUGAUUUGUGGAUAUGUCUAAUAAAUUCCUUUUUUAUAAAUAUAUUUGUAAAUUUAAUCUUACAUGAGCACUGCGAUUCCACCCCCUGCUGGCAAAGAAUGUUUAUAAUCAGGAUUUCUUUCUCUCUUUUCGUCAUAUGUUGCAUUUUAAAGUUAUUUUUCGUUAAUUUAUUUUUCAGUAUGAUAUUAAACCAAACUCCUACAACACA